AAAGUUUGGCCACGUUUUAAAUUCUUGGAAAGGAUCUGUGAUUAGUAUAAUGCCACGUUUCGAAGAGAAGACGAAGACCAGCAUGAAGUGAAGUGAAGUAACUUGAUCAUGGCGUUUCCAGUUCGGAAACUGCAACACUGCUGUUUUCUACUGAUACUACAUCACGUUGCUCUUGUUGCUCCGGGGAGAAGGAGAGAGAGCGACGAUGGUUGUUACACUUCAAUGUUCAGCUUCGGAGAUUCCCUAACUGAUACCGGCAACUUGUGCUUCAUCUCCCCGCCACAGACCCCCAACUGCCUCCUCCCUCCUUACGGCAAUUCUUACUUCCAUCACCCCAACGGUCGCUGUUCUGAUGGCCGCCUCAUCCCCGAUUUCAUUGCUGAUUAUAUGGGAAUCCCUUAUUUGAAACCGUAUCUUGGUUUCAAGAAUGGCGCCGUGCCACGUCACAGCAUUCAGCACGGGCUGAACUUUGCGGUUGCUGGAGCCACCGCUUUGGACCGCACUUUCUUCCAAGAGAAGGGGUUUGUGGUUGACGCAGCCGCCAAUUAUUCUCUCAUGGUUCAGCUUGAUUGGUUCAAGGAUGUUCUAACUUAUCUCUGCACUUCUCCUUCAAGUUGUGAAGAAUUUCUUCGCAGCUCCUUAUUUAUUGUGGGAGAGAUUGGAGGAAAUGAUUACGGUUAUCCCUUGUCUGAAACAACAGAUUUUGAAGUGCUAAGAUCUUAUGUAACCCAAGUAGUAUCUGUUGUUACUUCAGUCAUCAUAGAAUUGAUUGAUCUAGGUGCUAGAACGCUUAUGGUCCCUGGAAGUUUACCACUUGGAUGCAAUCCAGCCUAUUUAACAAGGUUAGCACUCAAGGAAAAAGAUGAGUAUGACCAAUCUGGCUGUUUGAAAUGGUUAAACAACUUCUUUGGUUACCACAAUCAGCUGCUUCAAAUCGAGCUUCGUCGGCUUCAAGUGUUGUAUCCCCAUGUCAAUAUCAUCUAUGCAGAUUAUUUCCAUGAUGCAUUGCGCAUGUACCGUUCUCCAAAACAAUUUGGGUUUGGUACAGAUUAUAUCAAGGUUUGCUGUGGAGGUGGAGGACCAUACAAUUUCAACGAUACAGCGCUAUGUGGCGAUGCAGGGGUCAUAGCUUGUGAUGAUCCUUCAGAAUAUAUUUACUGGGAUGGUUAUCAUUUUACUGAGGCUGCAUAUAGAUGGAUGGCCAAGGGGUUAGUAUAUGGACCAUACACCUUUCCUAAGUUUAGUCUCACUUGUUCUACAAUUGAGAGACCGCUGGAGAUUUGAAUAACUAUCCAAUGAAACAAAGAAUAAAAUAAAGUACAAGCAUUGUAUU